AUGGACGCCAUCAGAGCAAAGCUGAAGCGUAGAAUGAGCCACAAGGACAAAGAAAUCAACUUCGACGAUCAUGACUCAGCCGACGAAGAAACCAUAGACUAUGUUGGAAAGGAGGCUGAAGAUGCAGAGAAAGAGGGUUACGACGCCGGCAGGCCAGGGAGCUUCCUCAACAGGCUGAUCUCGCACGGUAACAAGAAGACAGAGGAGCAGCUUGCUCGUGAAGCUGCAGCAGCCAAUCCUGAGGCCGGGGGCGCCGACCGUGUUGUUACACAGCGAUAG